AUGCACACGGUCCUGGCCCGGCACGAACAAGGCGCGGGCCACAUGGCCGAGGGAUAUGCCAGAGCAACGGGCGAGCCGGGCGUGGUGUUCGUGGUGUCGGGGGCUGGUCUUACCAACAUGGUCACACCUCUCCAAGACGCACUGUGCGAUGGAACGCCGAUGGUGGUGUUUUGUACUCAGGCAUCACAACCACAGCCACAGGCACAGGCUUCCCAGACACCAUCACCAUCACCACAGAUUCCCCGGUUUGACCCCAGAGAAGACAUCGACGUCCUCAGCAUCUCGGAAAGCUGCACGAAAUGGAACGUCAUGGUGGACUCGAUCGAACAGCUCCCUCGCCGGAUCAACGAGGCCUUCGACAUCGCCCGGGCCGGGAGACCGGGUCCGGUGCUGGUCCUGAUUCCCGCGCACGUCAGCCAACAAAUCCUCCACCGACCGGCGUUUGUGGGCAGCCAGCUGAACCGGCGCCUGUACGCCGGCGAAAGCAGCAUGACGUCCAAGUUCAAGAGGAGUGAUUACGACGCAGAGACCGACCGGGCCCUUCACCGAGUGGCCCGUCUGCUCCGCAUGGCCAAAAAGCCCGUCCUGUACGUCGGGCAGGGCAUGAUGGGCCGGGAAGACGGGCCGGCGAUUCUGGCGGAAUUCGCCGACAAAGCCUGCAUUCCCGUCACUACGUCUCUCCAGGGCCUGGGCGCGUUCGACGAGCUGGACCGGAAAGCGCUCCACAUGCUAGGACUGCACGGCACGGGCUACGCCAACAUGGCCAUGCAGGAGGCCGACUUGAUCCUGGCGCUGGGCGCGCGCUUCGACGACCGCGUUACUGGUAAUAUCAGCAAAUUCGCGCCUCAGGCCCUGGCCGCGGCGGCCGAGCGGCGCGGCGGCAUCGUGCAUUUCGACAUUGCGCCCAAGAACAUCAACAAGGUGGUCAUGUCGACCGAGACCGUGGUGGGAGACUGUAGUGUCAACCUGGCGCGAUUGACUCGGUUGGUGGAACAGCAACAGCAACAACAACAACACACUGAGUCUGGGUCUGGGUCUGGUUCUGAUUCUGCCUUUGUCAACGACCGACCAGACUGGUUCAGGCAGAUCGAGUCGUGGAAACGCCGGUUCCCCCUGUCGGCAUACAGCAAAGUGGCGACGCAGCCGCAGGCCGGGCUGAUCCAGGCGCAGGCGGUGAUUUCGCAGCUCAGCGAGCUGACGCAGCGGCUGUCGAUCAAAGACCGCACGAUCAUCACGACGGGCGUGGGCCAGCACCAGAUGUGGGCGGCGCAGCAUUACCGCUGGCGCCACGCCCGGACGCUGAUCACGUCGGGCGGGCUGGGCACCAUGGGCUACGGGCUGCCGGCGGCGAUCGGGGCCAAGCGCGCGCGGCCCGACUGUAUGGUGAUCGACAUCGACGGCGACGCGAGCUUCAACAUGACCAUUGCCGAGUUGGCCACGGCGGCCCAGUACGACAUCGCGGUCAAGGUGCUGCUCUUCAACAACGAGCAGAUGGGCAUGGUGUCGGAUCUGCAGCGUCUGUAUUACCAGGCCAAGUUUGCCCACAACCGCCAGAAAAACCCGGACUUUGUCAAGGCCUCGCACGCCCUCGGCGUCGCCGCCGAUCGCUGUGUCACUUUGGACCAGGUCGACGAGAAGUUGCGCUGGCUGCUCGACGAGCCGGGCCCCGCUGUGCUCGAGGUCGUCACAGAUCAGCAUAGUCCCGUCUGGCCUGUCGUACCGGCGGGCAAGGGCUUGCAUGAGUUUGUCACCUAUGAGGAGGAUUGA